UUAGAAACGUCAGAUUUGUGGGUUUGUUAUAAAGAAAAGAAAAUGGCCGCUGUGCUGAGGCGGGGAAUCAAGUUCAUCUCCUUUGGAUCUUCUCAGCUCUUUUCUGGAGGUUGUAAACAUGGCAGAACCUCCACUCUGUCCUUCUUCAGCUCCAGCAAUAGAAAUUCAUCAUCUUCAUCCAAAAUUAAAGUGGACCUGGACAGCAGCACUGGUAUUGCUGUGAUGAAGUUCCAGAACCCACCGGUGAACAGCAUGAAUCUGGACUUUCUAACCGAAUUCUCCAUCGGUUUAGAGAAGCUUGAGCUGGACAAGAGCUGCAGAGGAGUGAUUCUCACCUCGGCUCAGCCGAAGAUUUUCUCCGCAGGUCUGGACAUCCUGGACAUGUACGGUAAGACUCCGGAGCACUACGCCGAGUUCUGGAGAGCGGUGCAGGACAUGUGGCUCAAACUGUACGGCUACAGUAAGAUCACCAUCGCUGCCAUCAACGGUUCCAGUCCUGCAGGAGGCUGUUUGAUGUCCUUGUCAAGUGACUACAGGAUCAUGGCAGACAAUCCUCGUUACAGAAUCGGCCUCAACGAGACGCAGCUCGGCAUCGUCGCUCCCUUCUGGUUUAAGGACACGAUGGUGAACACAGUGGGUCACAGAACAACAGAACUUUCUCUCCAGUUCGGUCUGAUGUACAGUCCCUCUGAUGCCCUGAAGAUCGGCCUUGUGGACCAGCUGGUUCCUGAGGAGAACGUUCUCAGCACGGCUACUGAAACCAUGACCAAGUGGCUGGACGUUCCGGAUCACGCCCGCGAGAUUAGCAAAUCCAUGCUGAGGAAGCCGACAGUGGACCGACUGCUGGCCAGCCGAGACGCCGACAUUAAAAACUUUGUGAGCUUCAUCGCUAAAGAAUCGAUCCAGAAGUCUCUGGGCCUGUACCUGACCAUGCUGAAGCAGAGGAAGGCGUGAACACGGGACUGACUCACUUCAGUGUCUUCUGUUCUCUUUACGUGUUAGUAAACUUCUUGCAGUUGUUUGUAAAUUAAACACGAACAGCACUGUGA